AGGGGCAGCGAGGGGCGCGGCCGCCGCAGCUGCGAGUGUGGGAGCGGCGUGGAACGAGGCGGUAACAGCAGCGGGGGCAGCUUCUGACACCGGCACCAUGCGUGAGAUCGUGCACAUCCAGGCCGGGCAGUGCGGCAACCAGAUCGGCGCCAAGUUCUGGGAGGUCAUCAGCGAUGAGCACGGCAUUGAUCCCACGGGCAGCUACCACGGGGACAGUGAGCUGCAGCUGGAGAGGAUCAACGUGUACUACAAUGAAGCUGCUGGUAACAAGUAUGUCCCCCGUGCCAUCCUCGUGGACCUGGAACCCGGCACCAUGGACUCCGUGCGCUCCGGCCCCUUUGGACAGAUCUUCCGUCCUGACAACUUUGUCUUUGGUCAGAGCGGGGCUGGCAACAACUGGGCCAAGGGGCACUACACGGAAGGCGCCGAGCUGGUGGACUCUGUGCUGGACGUGGUGAGGAAGGAGUCGGAGAGCUGCGACUGCCUCCAGGGCUUCCAGCUGACCCACUCGCUGGGCGGAGGCACGGGCUCCGGCAUGGGCACCCUCCUGAUCAGCAAGAUCCGCGAGGAGUACCCCGACCGCAUCAUGAACACCUUCAGCGUGAUGCCCUCGCCCAAGGUGUCGGACACGGUGGUGGAGCCCUACAACGCCACCCUCUCCGUGCACCAGCUGGUGGAGAACACGGACGAGACCUACUGCAUCGACAACGAGGCCCUGUAUGACAUUUGCUUCCGCACCCUGAAGCUGACCACUCCCACCUACGGGGACCUCAACCACCUGGUGUCGGCCACCAUGAGCGGCGUGACCACCUGCCUUCGCUUCCCCGGCCAGCUGAACGCCGACCUGCGCAAGCUGGCCGUCAACAUGGUGCCUUUCCCGCGGCUGCACUUCUUCAUGCCGGGCUUCGCCCCGCUGACCAGCCGCGGCAGCCAGCAGUACCGCGCCCUGACGGUGCCCGAGCUGACGCAGCAGAUGUUCGACUCCAAGAACAUGAUGGCCGCCUGCGACCCCCGCCACGGCCGCUACCUGACGGUGGCCGCCAUCUUCCGGGGCCGCAUGUCCAUGAAGGAGGUGGACGAGCAGAUGCUCAACGUGCAGAACAAGAACAGCAGCUACUUUGUGGAGUGGAUCCCCAACAACGUCAAGACGGCCGUCUGCGACAUCCCCCCGCGCGGCCUCAAGAUGUCGGCCACCUUCAUCGGCAACAGCACGGCCAUCCAGGAGCUCUUCAAGAGGAUCUCGGAGCAGUUCACGGCCAUGUUCCGCCGCAAGGCCUUCUUGCACUGGUACACCGGCGAGGGCAUGGAUGAAAUGGAGUUCACGGAGGCCGAGAGCAACAUGAACGACCUGGUCUCCGAGUACCAGCAAUACCAGGAUGCCACUGCUGAUGAGCAGGGCGAGUUUGAAGAGGAAGGAGAGGAGGAUGAGGCUUAAGCUGCCCGGUAUCAAAGGAACUUCUGUAAAGCAGGCAUGCAUCUGAAUGACUUCUGAUAGUGGUGGUGAAGCAUGUUUUCUAGAAACUAUGUACCCAAUUAUCCUCUCAGCUUUUGUGACUUUGCCAGAUUUCUCAGUGUAACAGUUCUGAAUCCUAAUUCUUACAAUGUUUUUUGUCCUUUAAUAUUAAGAGCACAUAAAGGCAUGUAUUCAA